AUGAGUUUAUUUGUUUUUCAGCUCCGCAUAAAGGAACUCGAGACCUCACAAGCCUUUCGGCAUUUCACUCAUCAAGUCAACUCACACGGACGGUACCGAAAUCUUGGAGUUGAUCAUGAAGCUGGCUGCAGCGAUUAUGGUGUUGGCUGUAGUUUGUGUGAAUCGCGGUUUAAGCAGAAGCAAGUGAGUGAAUCUAUAGUUGCUGUGAGUUAAUAGUUUUAACGCCUAUGGGCAUGUUCUUUCAAACUAUUAAUCGUGUAGAUAGAGCACUUUAUUUUCCGUAUAACAAGAGAAAAAGCUGUAUUUCUUUUGCCUCACGAAUUUGGGUUCAUGAUCCGCUAGCAAGUUGGAUCAUGGAUCUCAGAUACUCCGUUCUUGAAAUCUCGAAAGCGUUGCAGUGAGUCUUAAGUCUCGAUUUCAUGUGUUUGUUCCGUUUUUUAGUUCUUAAGUUUUCGGAAUGUAGAGACUCGAGUAUUUAUACCAGGGUACCAGUGUCGCUAUCUCUUGGUUUUUAACAACAUUCGCCAUCCUUCAACUUCACAACAAAGUCAAAUUAAUUUCAUGUCGAGGAGUUGAGCCAUGACUUCAACUUACUUCAAGUCAGUCUGUAGUUAAAAGCGACCAUGUGAAACGAAGGCCAGACAGAUUGCUACAAAAAUUACUCUUUUGAGUUCUAGCUAUUUAGCAAACCUUAGAGAAAUUGACGUGAGAGUAAAUGCGAAAGAACGAUCAGCUCUUAAAGUUGCUAUGUUUGAUUACCUAAAAACAAUUGCAUUGGUUGAGGGUAGAUUUCAAAAUGAUAAAAGUGAGAGAACUUUUCAAGAGUCUAAAUUUCCAUGGCCUCUAAGUACAUUGAAUUGUUUAACUUAGUUAUUAGUAAAGUCAAUUUGUUUAUACCAACAACACAUAUGAGUUAUAACAUCUUUAAUUAAAAUUUGACACACUUUAUAGAACAAAAAAAAACCGGUAGUAAUCCUUCUACUUUUAGUGCACAUAUCAGUUUGUUUAGGAUUGUGUAUUCUAAUUUGCGGCAUUGCGGUUUAUAGUGCGAUAUUGUAUUUGAAUACCUUGUUUAAGAGUCAGUUUGGCUUCAUCAACUUUCUAACAAUACAUGUAAUUCUUUUAACAGAUCCGCCAGCAUUCUAGGACAAGAGGUAAUUUUUGGUUUGUUCGUGGUAAUUGUUAAUAUAUACAGCGGCAUUUUGGCUGCGGUGUUUGAAAAAGGAAAAACAACACUUUUUCAAGAAAGUUUCAUAGAAUAGACUAGAUGUUUGUCUUUUCGUGUGAAUCUGCACAUAAAGUUAUCUUCUGCAAAAGAAUGGAAUUGAAUUUCUCUAGCCUUCCCGUCUAAGUGUUUAUUGAUCACAAAAGCAACAUAAAGUGUUAAAAAUGGAUUUAGUUGCGAGACUAGGCAAGAGUGAAAGAACAGUUUCAACUUGAAAUGGCAAUUGAGUUUGGGAGCUAAUCGACUAAACAUUGGGGCCAGGGGCGAGUUGCGUGGAUACAUAGGCACUGUUAAAUGCCUUGCAUGUUUUUCGGCGAACGUAAAAAUCGUAUUCUAAACUGUGUAACUGAUACCUUUUGUAAAGAGAUUCGAUAAUUCCUUAAGUGAUCGUUUAUUUAUGCCGCUUGAUUAAAAACUCUUUUUUAGGCUUAUCCAUUGUUGUUGAGCUUCGUGAAAGCAGGUGGUCGUCUUGGGCUUCAGGAAUGCCAAAGACAGUUCAAGAACGAUAUUUGGAACUGUACGCUGGACAAGCAUGUGAUUAAGGAACUGCCCAUCUUUGUCAAAACAACGUUACCAUAUGGUAGGUUUGUUGUAAGGGACUUACUUCGCCCCCAAGUCAUUUCGCCCCGUUUACUUAGCCCCCUGUUUCGAGAACGAGGAAUAUUAUAUUUGAAACACGCCUGUUUUGGUUCAUGGCUUAAACAACGGGGAUAUUGUAAUUGAACCGCGCUUGUUUUGCUUUAUGGCUUAUAGAAAGAAUAUUAUAUUUGAAGCGUGCUAAAUUAAAUGACUCGAAAAUAGGGGGCGAAGCAACAGGGGCGAAAUGACUUGAAAGCGAAGUGACAGGUAAACUUAUUAAUACAUUCAGUACGAUUGGCUGAAUAUCAAAGAUCAAUACCCCUGAGAACAAGCCUUCACUUGUUGUCAGUAUCGCCGAGAUUACGAACUACUAGAAAUUUCAACGGACGCAAAUUUUAAAAGAUCCUCUAGUAUUGUGGCCUGCUCCGUCUUACAAGUAACUACUUUACUUUAAUAUCAUCUUCAUAGCUUCUUUUAAUUUAAUAUAUAUUUAUAACUGCUGUAACCUUUCCACUCUGCCCACCUCGUCUAGCUCUUGCUAUUUGCGGGCGGAGAUGGCAAAACGAUGUGCGACGUAGUCACAUACCAUCAGUUACAGUACUGAUUUGAUUUAAAAGAUUUCCGAGAUCCCUGUAAAACUGUCUAAAUUAUCCAAAAACCCUCGUGAUCUUUUGACUUGAUUUGAUGGUAUCGUGUUUCUUUGAUUUUUUUUACCUUUUGUGCCUUUUAAUUGGUGAGCGCAAAAUUCAAAUUCACCUCUAUCAGCGAAUGCAAACCUUUAGAGAGUGGAUUGGAUCUCUGUAACUGAAAGCUUUAAAUCCGACAGUAAACGUUAUCUCUGAUAGCUACAGUUUACGUACCAAAAAUAAAAUAUCAGAUGAUUUCGAUAACCUUUGUCUCGAGUCACUGACACCAUUAAACACGUAUUGGACUCAUUAUCCCCGUUAAGCAUAAAUAGCUAUUAGCCGAUCUAGCGAUGCGAACCAUUGUAAAGGUCACAGACUGUAUUCGACUCCUUUUCAAUCAUGUCACGAAGCUUAUUUGAGAAAACUCACAUAUCUUCAAUUCAGUUCUUUUAUUUUGUGUUACUGAGGCGCCUUUUCCCGUUCAAGAAGUACUUUGAAUAUUCUUAAGCAAGCGGAACGUCAAAGAGUUAGUUGGUAUAGAAACGUUCAAUUUUUAAAUAAUAGCCUAUUGUCUCUUUGUCUUUGCUGUUCUUUCGGGAAAUUGCUUCAAGACAAAAGUCUUGGUGGAAACUUAUAUAGUAAGAAUUAUGGUUUGCGUACGCCUAAAGAUGGAGUGAGAGUAGACUGGCAAACACACAGAAACAGCUUACUCUGUGAAUUUUAUAAAUAAAAAGAUGUGAGGCAGUGAGGGUGAAACAGAACACCUAUUUUCUGAAGGUAAUCGGUCAGUGUAGAGAAAUUAUAGAAAAGGACUUGAGCCUAAUUUGCGGUGGUGAAUUUUCUUUUGAUUUUAAAAGCCUUUUAGAUGGAAUAAAAAUCAGCAUAAUAACCUUGGCUCCACAAAUAACACAUAAUUCUUUUAAUCGUUCGAAUUCUCUCUCUGGGAUUCUCAUUCUGUUUUAAGGCAUUUCAGGCAUUUUUCUAUCAUAAUUUAGGCUAUUAUUUUUGUUUUGUUAAAUGCGCUGGCCUAAACUAGUACGUGUUGCGCAUUAAUUUCUCAUCACUAUAAUUACUCGAAUUGAGGUGCUUUCGCCCGACGGUGUUUCGCGCAAUAACAUACCGUAACACCAAUACCAAUCAGACUCGAAAAAAGCUUUAGAUAAGCCUGUCUAGCAAGGGUUUCCGUUCAAGUUAAUCAGGCGCAAAAGCUUUGCUCUCUCUCCAAUUUUCGCGCAAUAGCUCGAGCGGAAACGUUUGCUACGCAAGCUAGAUUGAGAUUAGAUUUAUUACUUUGCUAAUGCAUGUGUUACCCAACAAAGGAUUAACCUGUUCUGAUUACUUUACGGCAGCCACUCGAGAGACGGCGUUCAUCCACGCAAUCAGCUCAGCGGCUAUUACCCAUGAGAUCACGCAGCAGUGUAAGAAGGGGAAAAUACCCGGAUGUACCUGCGCUGUGAUAAAGAAACCAAAAAAGACGAGUGAUGACUGGACAUGGGGCGGUUGCAGUGAUAAUGUGAAAUUUGGAGAGAGGGAAACAAAGCGUUUCAUAGACAAGCUCGAAAAGGGGAAUGACGCUAGGACGGCUUUUAAUCUGCAUAACAAUGAAGUCGGAAGAAAGGUAAGAGAAACAAAAAGAGACGCAUGAGGAUAGAAAAAUUAAUAACUUGAAUAUACUUACAACCUUAGAACUAACGUCUUUCUCUCUCCCUUCCUCGAGAAAGGAUAUUUUUGCGCCUUACUUAAAGAACAGUUUCUUAUGCAAAAACAAACUAAAACUAUUUAUUACUACUUGGCCCUCUGGCUUCCUCGUCCGUUAUCAAUUGAUUACUAGUUACGCUCAUUGGUCCAUCCGCACCGGAACCGCGCCGCAUAAAGCAAGGACACAACAAUGCCUCAUUGUGAUGGACCGAGUUGCUCAAAUUGUAAUUAGGGCAAGUCUAGUCUUACUGUUAGUAGCUACCCAGGUGGUACCCGCGACCAUAGGAAUGGGCCGGCCCUUUUGGCUCCACUGCUUUGUUAGCGUCACGUUCCAUUCAAGUACAAUUUUAGAGGCUUAUCUAAUAAAUUCCCUACGAUUUUCUGAAGUUUAAUUUUCGCAUUUCACGUCCCAAGUUAGGCUGUUUUUCGUAGAAGAAAAAUAGAACCUAAAAUUUUCGGAUUCAAAAAUGCGAUGGAUAGAGGAAUCAGAAAAUGUCUCACUUUCGUAAUAAAUCAAAUUGUAUCAGUCUAAAAUUUUCGGGAAAACAAUACUCAAGCCCUUGUAAUUUCGAAGAAAGACUCACGUUACCCUAGAAUGGCCGAACAGCUACAAAUUAUUUAGCGUCGCUAAGUAUACAUUCCUAGAGAUCUAAAAGUCCUCUGGAUAGCCAAAAAAGUGUUUUCGAUGUACUUAGGAGGAAGCCGUCGUUGGGUGCCCCUUGCAAGGUGCUUUAGUCCCAUGAGAAUGUUUUGCUCAAUGCGGAGGGCUUGUUAAACCAUGAUCAUUUGCGCUAAUCGUCCUUUAAGCAGCUCGGUUAUGUACAAAAUGGAUCAGGCAUAAGCUCUGACAUAUGAGUUUAAUGAUGACAUUUCAAGUGCAUGCUUCUGUACUGAAUGCUCUUUCGUAGCACUGUUUAUUAUGCUGUGCAACAUAGCGGCUGACUUGAAUCUAUGGAAAGAAACGAGUGCCACACUAAAUAGACGUUACUAGUCUUUUCCUUUAAAUUUUGACAUUACCUUUAAGUGAUACUAUACAGGAAGUCCAAUGAUGGCCAUCAUAUUCUGUUAACAGGUUGUUCGAGCAAACCUUAGGAGAGAAUGCAAAUGCCAUGGCUUAUCCGGAAGUUGCACUUUAAAAUCAUGCUGGAAGCAGCUUGGGGCUUUUGAAAACGUAGGAUCGGACCUCAAGAAGAUAUACGGUGCUGCUGCUAGAGUCAAAUUUGUGGAAAACAAGCUGCAAGAACGCAUCACCAGGGAUCUGCGUCGAGCUGUUUCUGCAAAAGACAAAAAGCUGGUAUAUCUUGAUUCCUCUCCCAACUAUUGCGUGCGAAACAGCACCGUAGGUUCGCCUGGAAUGCUGGGAAGGAUAUGCAGGGGAGACGAGGUAUCCACCGAUAAAUGUAAAUCUCUGUGCAAUGCUUGCGGUCUGAGGCAUCAGACAAUUCAGGAAGUGAAGACCAUAAAAUGCAAGUGCAAGUUUGUGUGGUGCUGCAGUGUGCAGUGUGAUGAAUGCACUUCAAAAUUUUCCGUUACAACUUGUAAGAGAUAUUGA